AUGGAGCAUGCUGCUUCCAGUCCCAGCUCUCCCUACUCGGGCUCUGUCUACACUCCUCAAUCAGCAGACUACACCAACACCAUGCAGACCCAAUGGCCUCAGCAGCAACAGCAGCCGCUGCCACCACCACAACAAUACCAGCAACAGUACAAUGAACACCAGCAGCCUCGUGGCCAAGGCCACCCUUCAGGAUCUUACCAGCAGCGGAUUCCCUCUCCUGGCCAACCGGCCACAUUCGAACAACCUAACUUCUCUCCCUUUCCCGUCAUCCGAAACCCUCCUCCCAAUAUUCCCCCCACCGAUGAACAGAAGGAAGCGUCUUUAGAGGCUGCAAGGGCUGCGGUGUUGAGCUGCAAUGACCCUGACACUCAGCUUCUCUGGGCACAAGACGCUUUGUCAUACGUUGAAACUUGUCAGCAGAACGAGCAGCGCAUAGCUUUAGCCCAAGCACCACGGUCCAUCACCCCCCGCAUUGAACAUGUUUUGCGAGAAGAUGCUGUCAAAGUGGUCUCCUUCUUGGCGGAUCAGCAUCACCCCAAGGCUGAGUUUAUGAGGGCCAUGUGGCUCGAAUUCGGCAAAUUUGGCCAUAGAAUUGACAAGAAGGAGGCCUUUCUCGCUUACAGCCGAGCUUCUGAGAGAGGCUACAGCCGCGCUGAUUAUCGAAUUGGAAUGCAAUUCGAAUCAUCCAACGAUGCCCUCAAGGCUGUCAAAUAUUACCAACAGGGUGCUGACAAGGGCGACUCUGCCUCGUGUUAUAGACUGGGCAUGAUGACCCUAUUAGGUCAGCACGGCCAACUACAGGACUAUGAACGCGGGCUCAACCUCAUCUACAUGGCUGCUAAAACUGCCGAUGAAAAUGCCCCUCAAGGUGCCUACGUCCUUGGCAUGCUUCAAGCCCACCAAAUGCCCCAGGUAACCAUUCCUGAGCACUAUCUGCCGGAAGAUAUUCCUGGAGCCAAGGCCAAUAUCGAAAAGGCUGCCUUUUUAGGCUUCGCAAAGGCUCAACUCAAGAUGGGCUCGGCUUACGAAUUGUGCGAACUAGGAUGUCCCUUUGACCCUGCACUGUCUCUGCAUUACAAUGCUCUUGCUGCCCGUCAAGGUGAGCCUGAGGCGGAACUGGCAAUCAGCAAGUGGUUCCUCUGCGGCCAUGAAGGACUUUUCGAGAAGAACGAAGAGAUGGCAUUCACCUACGCGCAGCGUGCUGCGCUUUCUGGCUUCGCGACCGCCCAAUUUGCUCUCGGGUAUUAUUACGAGGUCGGUAUCUACGUUCCCGUCAAUUUCGGGGAAGCCAAAGAAUGGUAUAGGAAAGCCUCGCAGGGAGGGAACUCUGACGCAGAAGGCAGGGUGGAUGCAAUCUCUAGGUCAAAGACGCUGUCCAGAAAGGAUCAUGAAAGUAUUGCGCUAUCAAAGAUCCGACAACAACGAGCUUCUCUUAUCGGGGCGCCCCCUGGAGCACCCUCUGUGCCUUCAUUGCCCUCGUUGAGCGAAGUUGACGAACCUCCCAUGUUGAAUAUGCCAGAUCCAUCCCGAUUAUCUCUCAAUACUCAAAAACCACCUGCACGCCCAGGAAGUGCAGCCCCGUACCCUACUGGUCCCCCUAGCAUGCCAAAUCCGGAAAUCCGACCCACCUCCGCCUUUGGCAUCAAUCCAAACCUUCGGGCAAGUUCGGCACAGUCCAUGGGAGGCGGGAGACCAGAUCCAUAUGGCCAACCACCGAUGCCUUAUGGGGGUCCUCAACAACGUCCAUAUUCAAACAAUGAUGGCAGGGGCUCCGCUCAAGGUUACGGCCAUGGUGGUCGUGUGCCAUCAGACGGUGGUUAUCAAGGUCCAGUAAGCGUGCCUCAAGUACAACCGCCGCCAAGACAAGGCACCAAUUCACCAUAUCUCAAUCCACAAAGCAGCCCACCAAUCCGGGCAGAUAUUGGCUUUUCUGCUCCCUUGGAACCUCCCCGAAAGCAACGAACACCCCAGCCUGGCGGUCCAGGUAUGGGACAAGGUACUAUGAACAAUGCAAUGAACCCUCCCCGAACAACAUCUCGACCGAGCCAACCGCAAGGCCAGGGCCAAAAUGUGGGACAGCAAAGCAGGCCUGGUCCUCCAAACAACAGGCCCGGACCAGGACCAGGACCAGGCACUCCAUCUUCUGGCUAUGGUGGCCUGCCCAGCCAGAAUCCGAAUAAUCGAACUCCUUCCAAUCAGUAUCCGCCUCAAAAGGUGCAAGCUGCAAAUCUGGCACCUUCCAAUCCUGUCCCGAAUGCACCCGGAAAAGCGCCACAGUCAAAACCGAAUGCAAUGCCUGCUGCUGCAGCCCCUGUACGGCCACCCGGCAAGGGGCCCAAGACAUUCGAUGAAAUGGGAGUUCCGCAGGGCAAAGACAAAGGCGAAUGUGUAAGUGACCUCCAAGGCCCCUGCAAUGAGAUAUCUGUAACUGACCUUUCCGAUCUUCAGAGAGUAAUGUGA